CGCUGGAGCAGAGAGGAGGAGCCUCGGACACCCAGCGGGAGGAGUCGCUAGUCGGAGGGCGGUGGAGGCGGAUUUCCUGGGAGGGCUCUCAGGAGCUACCAUGGCGUUUGGGAAGAGUCACCGCGAUCCCUACGCUACCUCUGUGGGUCAUCUCGUAGAAAAGGCUACAUUUGCUGGAGUUCAGACUGAAGACUGGGGCCAGUUCAUGCAUAUCUGUGACAUAAUUAACACCACACAGGACGGGCCAAAAGAUGCAGUGAAAGCCCUGAAGAAAAGGAUCUCCAAAAACUACAACCACAAAGAAAUCCAACUUUCCUUGUCACUGAUUGACAUGUGCAUGCAGAACUGUGGUCCAAGCUUCCAAUCUCUGAUUGUGAAGAAGGAGUUCGUUAAAGAUAUCCUAGUUAAGCUGCUGAAUCCCAGAUAUACCUUGCCGUUGGACAUUCAGAACAGAAUCUUGAAUUUCAUUAAGACCUGGUCACAGGGCUUCCCAGGAGGUGUAGAUGUAAGUGACGUGAAAGAAGUGUACCUUGACCUGCUGAAGAAAGGGGUUCACUUCCCACCCUUGGAUGGAGAGGCUGAGACAAAGCAGGAGGUUGGUCAGAUCUCACCAAAUCGACCAACACCUGUCCCCACUGCACCUGCUCUUUCAUCUAUAAUUGCUCCCAAGAACCCGACUAUUUCAUUAGUCCCAGAACAGAUCGGGAAAUUGCAUAGUGAAUUGGAUAUGGUGAAAAUGAAUGUGAAAGUCAUGACUGCCAUAUUGAUGGAGAACACUCCUGGGUCUGAAAACCCUGAAGACAUAGAGCUCCUGAAGAAACUUUACAAGACGGGUCGGGAGAUGCAGGAGAGGAUCAUGGACCUGCUGGUGGUCGUGGAAAAUGAAGAUGUAACUGUUGAGUUAAUUCAAGUGAAUGAGGACCUGAAUAACGCCAUCCUGGGGUAUGAGAGGUUUACUCGAAACCAACAAAGGCUUCUGGAACAGAAUGGGAGCCCGAAGGAAGCCACCAAUACUUCCAACGAGCCCUCUGCUCCUUCCUGUGAUCUUCUGGACCUAAGUCCUGUCGUGCCAGUGCCCGUGUCCAAUGGAGGAGGUCUCAGCACCGUGAAUGCUCAGCUGUCAGGCUUAAGUGUCAGCUCUCCAAGUCCUGUCACCACAAACAACUUGUAUCCCAGUCUUCAUCCACAAGUGGAUUUGCUAGCAUCAGAAAAUACAGAAAUACCCACCCUGUUUGCCCAAAGGACCAGCCGAAACCUUGCCUCAAGUCACACGUAUGAUAAUUUUCCGAAACACUCCAAUUCAGUAUUACUUCAGCCAGUACAGACAGCCACAGCAGCGCCAUCGAGCCAGAGGCUGCCGCCCUUGCCCAGCAGUCGUCCAGUGACAACAAACAAUGAUCUCCAGCCACCCAAUUACUACGAGGUAAUGGAGUUUGAUCCUUUAGCUCCUGCUACAGAAGCUGUUUAUGAAGAAAUUGAUGCUUACCACCACAGAGGAGCUCAAAGUAAUAGUGACUGCUGAGAUGGAUAAUCUGAGCAUCACAAAGGGCCAGCUCUCUAAAGCAGUCCCUGAUCAACCCUCAUCAACUGAGGCCUGACGGACAAGACCUGCAACAGUGGACCACCUCUCUGCUGGAAGCUUCAACAAGAGAGUUAACACGUCUGGGCUAACACUACUGUUCCUGACCGUGGCUUGGGAUUUCAGGAGAACCUGGUUGUAACAAUUUUAACAACCAGCAGAAUGAAAACUGCCUGGUACUAGGCCAACUGGUUAGACUGUAGACUCAUGUUGUGCAGGCAAUCCUACGAAUACAAAUCAUGACACAUCUAUUAACGGUACUUGUAGAUCACUUUACUACAAGGCAUUGUGAACAGAUGGGGACAAGAAAUGAGGAAGAAAAUGAGUGCCUUCAUUUAACUGAAUCUGAAUGUAGAAGUCAGUUUGCACUUGUUUAUAAAUAACACUUUGGUUUAGAACUGCUUUAAAGACUUGAUGACUUGUUUAAUUAUGUUUCAAGUGCCUGAGUAGGCCACUGUAUCAAGUGGCCUUUAAGUAUAGUUCUUUAUAAUGUUAAAACAUUCUUGCCUUUUAUUAUAUUUUACAUUUUGAUUUGAAACAAAGACUACUGGAAAACAGAACUGUGCAUCAUUCACUUAAAAUUAAAUUACUAUUAAUUUGUCA